AUGCCUACAUGUUAUUUCUAUUUAAAUGGUAUUUGUGUUAAAGAUAAUUGCCCUUACCUUCAUGUUAAAUUAGGUGAUCAAGCUUCAAUUUGUAAAGAUUUUCUGAAGGGCUAUUGUGAGAAGGGGGAGACUUGCUUAUUCAAGCAUGUGAAACAAAAGAUAUCUUGCGAUGCAAUAAAAUUUUCAAAAAACAAUAAAGAAUGUUUAAAACUGAAAAAAAAUAUACCAAUUAAAGAUAAAAAAGAUCAAUUACUAGAUAUACCAAGUACAAGCUCUGAAGAAAACACAGCUCUUGAAGAUAGAUACUUUAAGGAAGCAGUACAGGAAGAUUUCAAGAAUAGUGAUUACAUUAAACCAACAAGAUGUAAAUUAGGAGAUUUACCUUCAUACAUUAAGUUAUGA